AUGCAACUCCUCCUUCCCAAAUCUGAAUUUAACGCUACAUACAGUCGUAUGCUGGAAGAGCCAAUCCAUCGGCCAUGUUUGAGGCUACUACUUGGCAUCUUUUUUUUCGGAGAUGAAAUUUCAAAAAUGUUGGACAUUUAUCAACGAAUCAGAGAAUGGAAACGUUUCUUAUUUCCACGGUUAACGACCCGAACAACCUUUUCACAUUACAUACCAAUGGUGGGAGCAUUGAGCCAUUCGUUAUACUCUAUGCACAUUCUUUCGCCAGACUUACUUUCCAGAUGCUUUGGAGUCCAUGAUUUGGCAGCAGAAUUUUCAAUACUUUGUACAGCUACACUCGGACCUGGCUUCGCGGUCUAUUUUCGACCGCAUAUGAAUCGUUUGGGUCGUUGGAAACGUGUUGAAUAUAGUGUAUUUGCAGCUGUUAUAUUUACUUAUGGAUCCUUGUUUGCCGUUAUUUUUCUAAAAGAUAUUUUGCCGAAUACGCUAAAAGUAUGGAUGAAAUCAUUAAUUGGGAUAGGGAUGAGUUUGGUUCUGCUAUCGCGAGGUUACAAUUACCUGAGCUUUCAUGAUUCUCGACGCAGACAUCGAAACAUGGCAAUCCACAGUACACCAGCAAAACCAGUCACAACUCCUCCACAAAAUGAAUCGUAA